AAAUUAGGUCAUUUGCGUUCACGCCGGUACAAGACUACAGGGAAUCAUAAAUAGACUCUAUAGUGCAAUACCAGUUGAAUACAAAUAUGACAAUUCAACUAAGAAAAGUGUUGAUAAGCGAUGAAAUAGAUGAUAUCUGCCUGGAAAUACUUCGUAAAAAUGGGGUAGAAGUUGUAAAAAAUUGUAAUCUUUCCAAAGAGGAUUUGCUGAAAGAAAUUGCGGGCUAUGAUGGUUUAAUUGUGCGAUCAGCCACAAAGGUCUCAGCAGAGGUCAUCAAUGCUGGAGUUAAUCUCAAGAUCAUUGGUCGAGCUGGGACUGGCGUUGACAACAUUGAUACUGAGGUUGCAACCAAGAAGGGCAUCAUAGUUAUGAACACACCAGGUGGGAACACAUUGAGUGCAGCUGAACACACCUGUACUCUGAUCAUUGCUUUGACCAGAAAUCUUGGAGAAGCUUCAAAGUCGAUGAAAGAUGGAAAGUGGGAUAGAAAGAAAUUUAUGGGAACUGAGCUAUAUGGUAAAACUUUGGCUAUCAUUGGCCUUGGGAGAAUAGGCAAGGAAGUGGCUCUACGAAUGCAGUCUUUUGGCAUGACAACAAUUGGUUAUGAUCCUAUAAUAAGUAGUGAUGAAAGUGCAACUUUUAAUACAGAAUGGAUGCCACUAGAGAAGAUUUGGCCUUUGGCUGAUUACAUCACAGUCCAUACCCCGCUCAUUCCACAAACAAAGAAUCUUAUAAACGAUGCUGUCUUCGGAAAGUGCAAAAAAGGAGUUAAAGUUAUUAACGUUGCUAGAGGUGGCAUCAUAGAUGAGGAUGCUUUACUGAGAGCAUUACAGUCUGGUCAGUGUGGAGGAGCUGGAUUAGAUGUUUUUAUUGAGGAGCCUCCAAAAGAUUAUACUCUUGCCAAACAUCCAAAUGUAAUUGCUACCCCACAUCUUGGUGCCAGCACUAUAGAGGCGCAGGUCAGGGUAGCUGAGGAGAUAGCUCAACAAUUUGUUGACUUAGCACAAGGAAGAUCUCUUUUUGGAGCUGUCAAUGCUAAUGCACUAGCAAAUGCUCUUAAUCCUGCAUUAAGACCUUGGAUUCAGUUAGCUGAAAAACUAGGCACAGUUGGAAGUCAGCUUACUAAAACAUUAUCUGUGAAUAAUGUAGAAGUUUUAAUAUAUGAAAAGUCAUUAGAAGCUGCUGGAUCUGCAUUAGUAUCAUCUGUAAUGAUUGGUUAUUUAAAUACAUCAUUGGCUGAAAAUGGUGAUAUUUUGCCAAAAAAUCUGAACAUUAUAAACUCACCAAUUUAUACCAAGCAAUCAGGAAUUAAACCAUCAGAAGGUGGGGAAACAAUUGAAAAAGCAACCUUCAACUUGAUCAAUGCUCCUGUGUUGGCCAAGCAAGCUGGGAUAGUUACCACAUCUACCAACAAGUGUAAAUCAGGUCAACUGAAGUCUGGAAUCACUGUAGAGUUUCAGAGUGCUGGAGGGGAGGUGUUAGAGAUCUGUGGGGUCAUUGCUGGUGAACACAGCCUGUUGACCUCAGUGCAAGCCAACACUUUCAAGGUGGCAGCUUCAUUACAUGGAGAGACCAUAGUGUAUAGAGUGGACAAACCAGUGUCUUUAGCAGAUAUCAUCAGUGCAGCAGAGAAAGAUGGUUUGAAAGUAUCUGCUAUCUCAGCAUCAGAAGUGAAACAUGGUCAAGGUUUUGGAAUUAUUAACUUAGAGCUUCCAGUUACUCAAGGCUUGAACCAUUUGAACCAAACAGUCAACAGUGCAUAUGUAUGCUCAUUAUAAACAUGUUCAAAAUAUUCGCAUGUGCUUCUAAAAGUUGAUUGUACUUUUCUCAUUCAUUAAACUGCACAUUUCAGA